GAGGACAAGGGGAUUGGAGGGCACAGGAUAUGCUGUCUGGGACUCAUCCUUCCCCAGCCCUCUCCUUGCUUCCAGCCCACUCUACUUACUGGUGUUGACUGGGGGCCACAUCACCAUCAGGAGAGGGAUCAGGAGUGUCUGCAGGUGCUCCAUCAUGGUGUUCUGGGCUUCAGUGGAUCCCUUAGAGGUGGGGUGCAGCCAGGGUCUCUUCCUGCUCCCAGCAAGGUUUUAUAGCCUGAGACCAGACUCCAGGAAACCGCAGAAGUCAGACUCAUCUGACGAAUCUCUCCGCAAGUUGCAUACCUCAGCAAUCUGAGAGGGGAAUUCAGUCAAUCUUAGCCUUGGGCAUCAACCCACCUUCAUCUUGGGCCUGAUCUGGGGUAUCUGACGUCCUUAUGAACCCAAAGCCAAUUUUAGGUCAUUGCCUUUGUGCUGGAAGCUGUGGGGAACAUGCUCACCCUUAUCUCUUUGACUUCCAGUGGGCUCUUCCCUUGCAGCUUCUAUUUGUUGUUGAACACUUGCAAACUCUCUUAAUUUUCAGCAGCAGCCCUACAAGAUCAAGAUUUCUUUCACCUGAUGCACCAGUUCCGAAGACCAUGAAGUGGCAGUUGAGGGCUUUCCUGCUCUCUCUCAGCAGGAACAUGGAGGACAUAUGAGCAGACAUCAGGGCAGACUGUAGGUCAUCUCCUCCCUCUGAUGGAAGCGACUAGUGGGAGACUUUGAAAGACCAUGAGAGCAGGCUGCUUGUGGCCCCCUACAAUCUGGGACCGGAUGCCCUCCUGAGAGCAGCAGCCCCAGGGAAGGAGGGACUGGGCAGGCCACUGGCCAUGGACCCAGGGAGCUGGGCUUCAGGCUGCUACUGUCCUGUUCUCUCUGGCAUCCCUGACUGCAGACAAAUUCCUCCCUCUGGGCCCUAGGUGCUUUUGCCUUCCUGUUGACCUCUGGAGAGUUCCAGGGCUUCUGCUGCUAAGGAUACUCACGUAGAAGUCUCACUUAUUUUGCACAAGGAGUUCUCCCCUCUACCUGCUCUGUCCUGGGCCUUGGACAAGCAUCUGGAGAGCACUGCCAACUGCGGAACCUCCCUCUGGCAGCAAGAGCCUCAUACCAGCCAUGACAGUGCUGCAGGGCUGACAGACAGGACUCUAACUCUCCUCUCCACACUAAGCAGGGCUGUUGGGUUUAGAGCCAGUCCUGUGUGGCAGAGUCUCAUGGCUACUUUAGCCCUUAAACAGAGGAUCUGCUCUGCCCCAAACUCUACCUGAUCCCUUCCUCCAUCGUGUAUCCCUUGGCUGCUGACCCAGCCUCAGAAGAUGGAUGGUCCAGUGCUAAGCUGGUUGUUGAAUCACUCCCUUCUCCUUCCACUGGACUCUGCUCAAUAUCCUGAGCUCAGACUUGACCUGCUCGACAGGAAAGGCUCCUGCCUGCAGCUGGCUGCCAUGAGGAAUGUGAACAUCAUCCUGCAGCACUACAACUUCACAGGCAAGCUAACCAACCGGCAGUCUGAGGACGAGGGCAUGGGUCUCAUCCGCACAAUCUUCGUCAUCAUCAGCUGCAUCAUCAUCCUGGAGAACCUGCUCGUGCUGCUGGCCAUCCUGCGGUGUCUGAGAGCCCGCCGCUGGGUCUACUCCUGCAUUGCCAGCAUCACUGUGAGUGACCUGCUUGCAGGAAUUGCCUACCUCUCUAAUCUCUGCCUCUCAGGCAAGAAGACCUUCCAGCUUUCACCUCAGCUCUGGUUCCUGCGGGAAGGCAUCCUGUUCAUUGCGCUGGCUGCCUCCACCUUCAGCCUGCUCGUGACAGCCAUCGAGCGUUAUAGUGCCAUGGUGAGGCCAAUUGCUGAGAAUGAAGCCAGCAAGACCCUGCGCUUACGUGGCCUCAUCAUUUCCUGCUGGCUGCUGGCCUUCGUCAUAGGACUGCUCCCACUGCUGGGCUGGAACUGCCUGUGUGACUUCAGUGCCUGCUCUGUGCUCCUGCCUCUAUACUCCAAGAACUACAUCCUUUUCUCUGUAGUCAUGUUCAGUAUCAUCCUCCUGGGGAUUAUUGGCCUCUACAUCUCCAUUUUCCAACUGGUCCAGGCCAGUUCUAAGCAAACCAGUUCUCGGCACAGCCGCAAGCGUUCCCUGCGCUUGCUUAAGACUGUGCUGAUGAUCCUGGGUGCCUUCAUCAUCUGCUGGAGUCCCCUCUUUGUUCUGUUGCUGUUUGAUGUCUUCUGUGAGACCCAGACCUGCACACACCUCCACAGCCUGGACUGGACCUUGGCUCUGGCCUUGCUUAACUCAGGCGUCAACCCCAUCAUCUAUUCCCUGAGGAGCGUGGAGGUGCGCCGUGCUGUGGGAAGCCUGCUGUGCUGCUGCUGUGUCAGGGCUGGGCUUUGCAAGCCUGGGAACUGCAUGGUCAUCACAGAUAUCAACUCUGGCUCAUCCACAGAGAGCUCACUGCGCUACCGGGAGAGUUUCCGCAGCUCUGUGGCACUGAAUGCUAGGCCCAGAGCACCUCUCUCCAGCAACUCCAGCAUGAUGAGCAAUCUCCCCAGCCUCUGAGAGGCCAUGGGAAGAGCAAGAGGUGCCAGAUAGCUCCCAGGACCUCAUUCUGCUGGUCCUGGCCUGGCAGAACUGUAGCCUACGUGCAACUCAGGCUGACCAGGGGCAGCCCCACCCCAGUUGUUAACUGGGCUUUCCAGUCCCAUCAGACUGGGAUUUUGUUUCAGUGUGGGUGCAGCACAGGGAUAGGCAUUGCUCCCAGGCUGGGAGAGAAAGAUAUGGGUACAUUUUAGGAUUGAUGCUCUGCUGAGAAACUGCAGUGCCUAGGUUAUAAGUGUGUGUGCUCUGUGUGUGCAGACAGACACUGUACCUGCCCAGAUGAGGGUAUUUUGCCCCAGGGCACAGUGACAAGUAGGCUGGGCAUCCCCAACCAGAUGGCCCCCCUUACCCCUUGAGGUCGGGCUGGGUUGGCAGUGCUGCCGCUUCACAUCAUGCAGGGCUGGAGGCGAUACUUUGAGUCUUCUCCUGAAGUUUACAGCCUUCUGGAACUGCUGUGACGGGCACAGCUGCUGGGAAAGAAUGCAGGCUUGAUGUCAAGAACAACUGGAUUUACAAGUGCAACUGUGUGCUGUUGUGGGGCAGUUCUGAGCCCCCUGGCCGGGAAUCAAGUGCCCACCUGCAGUGCAGCACAAACCAGCCAGAGGACAGCAGAGGGCUGCAGCAACAGCCUAGACCCUCCCUGGAGUGCUGAGGUUGGGCACUAUGCCCGGGCAAAUGCUGUGACAGUGCUUACAGUCUGGCAGCAAGAAGUAAGAGCCCUGCCCUGCCUCUGGGCAUGGGCCUGCACCUGCAGUGACAGCCCGGGCACUACCACAGUGACUGGGGAGCCUGGGGCCACCCUAGGUCUGACAGAGACACACUAGGGCCUGAAGACACUGCCAGCUUGUGCCUCAGAUCCCUGCUCCUCUAUUCCCUAAUGCAGGAAAUAAUCAGAGCAGCACUCAAACACAUCCUCUCACCCUGCAAAAAGGACAAAGCCACGGAAGCACUGUGGGCUCACACAAAACCUGCUGGCCCAGCCCCUCCACGGGAACUGUUAUCAACCCAUUUGUU